ACAUUACAUUCAAGUACUUUAAAUCAAAAUAGUUUAAGAAAGGUGUUCUUUUUUUAAUUUUUUGAUUAACUCAUUUUCUUGUAGCAAAUUUUUGUUCACUCAAAAUGAAAUUAAUAAAUGAUUUUUAUAAGUUAAUUGUUAGAAAUAAGUCUUCUACAGUGAGUUUAGAUUAUAUCUUUGGUACUCGUGAAGAUUUAUGGAAAGGUGUUGGUUCUUUUAAAGAUAUCCCCGGACCUAAAGGUUUACCGUUUAUUGGUAAUUCUUGGAGAUUUAUUCCGUAUAUUGGUCAAUACAAAGUAGAACAUUUAGAUAAAGUAUCUAAAGCUCUUUACGAAGAAUAUGGUGACAUCGUUAAAGUUGAUGGUUUAUUAGGAAAACCAGAUAUGUUAUUUAUUUUUAAUCCAGAUGAAAUUGAAAAUGUUUUUCGACAAGAAGAUUCGAUGCCUUUAAGACCAUCAAUGCCAUCGUUGAAUUAUUAUAAACACGUGUAUAGAAAGGAUUUUUUUGGCGAAGAAGCUGGAGUUAUUGCAGUACAUGGUGAAAAUUGGCAAAUAUUUCGCUCGAAAGUCAAUAAAAUCUUAUUACAACCGAGAAUUGCUAAAAUGUACAUGAAACCAAUUGAAAAGGCUGCUCAAGAAUUUGUUGAAAGAAUUGAAAAAAUUAAAGAUUUAAACCAGGAAGUACCUGAAAAUUUCUUAAAUGAAGUGCAUAAAUGGUCGCUGGAAUCAAUUGCAAGUGUAGCCCUUGACGUCCAAUUGGGAUGUCUUCAAGAAAAUUGCCCGGAAGACACACAAAUUUUAAUCGACGCUGUCAACGAAUUUUUUGUUAAUGUUCCAAUUUUAGAAUUAAAAACACCAUUUUGGACUUUUAUGAAAAAUCCAAUGUAUUACCCAACUUUUAAACGCUAUAUUGAAGCUUUAGAAACAAUAAGAAAAAUUUGCUUAAAAUACAUCAACAAAUCAUUAGAAAACGCAUCAUUAAAACAAAACCAAGAACCAUCAGUUUUACAACGAGUUUUAAAAAUGGAUAAUAACAUUAAAACGGCUUGUAUUUUAGCGUUGGACAUGUUUUUAGUUGGAAUAGACACGAAUGGAAGCUUACAAAUAGGAUUUAUAAAAUUGGUUGAAAAAGCAAUCAGCUUAAUACAAUGUGUGAGAUAUGAAAACGCAAAUCAAAAUGAAAAAUGUUUAAACAAUCGAAUGAAAGAAUCCAGUGUGACAUUAAUACCUUACUACUACCCAGUAGUAAUGGAAGUAGAAGUCCAACCAGAAAAUCAAAAACAACUAAUCAAAACCACCGACUGGAAGAAGUUUAAAGAAAUAAUAAAAACCAAGAAGACACAGAUCAAUUCAACAUUAAAAUUAGAAACAGCAAUAACAAACCUUGAAGAAGGCACAGUAGAUGCGCCAGCAAUAUCGGCAAUAAGCAGGACAACAAUAAAUCCAUACAAAACUCAACUCUCACAUGAAUUAAAACAGAAAUGUGUGGAAAAGAAAAAACUCAUACGAGAAGAAUACGUAAGAACAAGAGGCCCAAACACCAAGAAUAAACUUAAUAGAAUCACAACGGAAAUUCACAAAAACAUUAACGAAGUAAACCAAGACAAGUG